CAAAGUCUGCACAAAUACGACAGCAGAUUGCAAUUGAGAAUGGCCGAACAAGCAACAGAAGAGGAUAUUCUCCUCGCCAAGCGCAUCAUCUCCGCUGCGGAACGUCACGAUGUCCCAGCAUUGAAGAUUUUGCUCAAGGAAGGCUCGGCGAAUGUCCAGGACCCAACGGCAACAGUCGCAACAUCACCACUUCAUGCCGCUAUUGCCUCAUGUGGCAAAGCGGAGGAGGGAAAGAAGGUGGGCGACGAUGCGGUGCAAACGGUUGAAUUGCUACUCCAGAAUGGUGCUAUCUGGAACGACCUGAACAAGGAGGAUGAAACACCUGGAUGUAUCGCUCUACGUCUCAACCAAAAGCAAAUCUACGACAUCAUGGUUGAGGCUGGUGUCCGCGCCGAGAUCCUGUUUGCCAAAUUGGCAGCCUUGGGCCUAGGAGAUGACGCAGACGAGGAAGUGGCAGCGGAAGACGAAGACGAAACCCGCGACGAGCAGCCCGCAGCCAAGAAACAAAAGGUCUCCGAGGAAGACGCAAAAGCCAUCCAAGAAGUCGUCGAAGAACAGGUCCUAGACGAUGUCUCACUAGACAACCGUGCCUAUCUGAAGAGCCAGCUGCGGUACAAGCCCGGUAUCCUCCUCGAUGAGAGCGACAACGCCGUGAUGAUGGACUGGGAAACCCAAAUCAUGCAGCGCCACGCCGAAACUCUGAUUCCCAAAUCUGGUCUGCGAACUAUGAACGUUGGCCAUGGCAUGGGAAUCGUGGAUACUGCUAUCCUCACGCAUGAUCCUGCUGAGCACCACAUCAUCGAAGCGCACCCGCAGGUGCAUCAGCGCCUGCGUGAGCAGGGGUGGUACGACAAGCCCAAUGUCAAGAUCCACGAAGGCCGAUGGCAGGAUAUUCUGCCCAAGCUAGUAGAGCAAGGUGUUGUGCUCGAUGCGAUUUACUACGACACCUUCGCAGAGGACUAUGCUGCGCUGAAGGAGUUCUUCGCCGAAUACGUCAUCCAAUUGCUUGCAAAGGACGGCAAGUUUGGGUGGUAUAACGGCCUAGGCGCAGAUCGACAGAUUUGCUACGAUGUUUACACCAAGGUUGCGGAGAUGGAUCUUUAUGAGGCGGGCUUCGACACGACAUGGGAGGACAUUGAAGUUCCCUCGGGUCUGCAUGGAAGUGAUCAGUGGGCGGGCACGAGGCGUCCUUACUGGACGAUUGAUAUAUACCGACUACCAGUCAACACGUUCAUCAAAUGAGCGUAACCCGGAGGUGACCACCUUAUCAUGGGAAAAAAAUAUCAAAGUCAAUCAAUGAAAUUCCGAACUUUAAGAUUACAAUCUCCUACAUACUGCUAGCUAUACAGCUUACCACAGCGUUUCACAUCGACGUCCUUUGUCCCUGGCACAUCCAAUACUCUUACUUAUCACAUAGAACUUAAAUGCAUCCGGUCCGGUCAUACUUGGCCCUCUUUUCCGCAUCGCUCAACACCUGAUUCGCCUCAGUAAUCUCCCUGAUCUUCUCAUUAGCCUCUUGUUGGGCGGCCUCGGGGACUUUAUUGGGGCUGUAUUUCAAGCCCAGUUUAUCCGGAUGGUGCUUCAAGCUCAUUUUGCGAUAUGCUUUUGUAAUAUCGCUUGCGCUUGCUGACUUGUCUACUCCUAAGACUUCGUAAAGAUCGUGUUUUGGUUUCACGCCAAGUUCCGGUGGAGGAGUCG